AUGGCGAGGCGCUACCACCCUUAUAAGAACUCGGUGCCCGAAGCAGCGCAGUUGUUCAUACAAGCACGGGAGGCCUUCGUUGUACUCGACGACCCUGAGGCCCGGAAGCGGUACGACGCUUCGAUCCAACAGACCCGGGAAGGCGCCCAGGCAACCGCGACUGGAAACGAGGCAAGCUGUGAGCAAGGGCGAGAAGAAACUCCUCCGUCGAUGCCUGAGGACCCACCAGUUUACAAAGACCUCCCAUUAACGUUGGAAGGGAUAUCGAGGAGCACGACCAAUAAGUACAGGGUGACCCGCAAAAUAGGAAGCGACGACGGAGACUGCGACUACGAGGAGAGGGUAAUGACCCUCGAAAUCAGACCAGGAGUGCUAGCGGGCACAGAAUACAAGCUUCAGGAAGCGAGCGACAAGAGAAAGGGACACCUGGCCGGAGUCAUCGUGUUCGUCGUCGUAGAAAAGCCACAUCACGUCUUCAGGAUAUCUGGCAUGGACGUCAGCGCCGUGCUAAAGAUAGCGCCUGGCCAAGCCAGAAAAGGAUCGACGGUGCAAGUGCCCUUGAUCGCUGGAGCAUAUCUCAACAUAGUUGUUGCGGAUGACGUCAAAACCGGUGACACCCUGAGGUUCACCGGGAAAGGACUGCCGUCGCCAAGUGGCACCACUGGCUAG